AUGGAUGCUUACUCCGGGUACAAUCGGAUUCAGAUGCAUGCACCCGACCAAGAACACACCGCCUUUGUUACCGACCAAGGGCUGUAUUGCUACAACGUCAUGCCUUUCGGUCUGAAGAACGCCGGGGCGACCUACCAGCGGAUGGUCAACAUGGAGGUGUACGUGGACGACAUGUUGGUGAAGAUCAAGCAGACGAGCUCGCAUUUGACCGACCUGGCAGAGGCCUUCAGCGUACUUCGGAAGAAUCAGAUGAAGUUCAACCCGAGCAAGUGCGCCUUCAGGGUCUCAUCGGGAAAGUUCUUCGGGUUCAUGGUCCACGAACGCAGAAUUGAAGCAAAUCCAGACAAGAUAAGAGCGGUCCUCGAGAUGGAGGAACCGAGGAAUAUUAAGCAGUUACAGAGGUUGAAUGGCUGUCUGGCAGCCUUGAAUCGCUUCGUAUCUCGCUCCACUGACAAGUGCCACCCUUUCUUCCAAACGCUAAGGAAAAUAGGUCAGUUCGAAUGGACCGACCAUUGCGAAGCAGCACUUCAGCAGUUGAAGCAGUACCUCAGCUCGGCUCCGUUGUUGUCCAAGCCACUGCCUGGCGACGUUCUAUACUUGUACUUGGCUGUGUCGGAAAAAGGGAGUGAGCUCAGCUUGGUAACCUCGGCGCGACGACUCCAACCAUACUUCCAGGCGCACAAGAUAAUCGUUCCAACGAACUUCCCCUUGAGGCAGAUUCUCUACAAGCCCGAGACGUCGGGUCGGCUGACGAAGUGGGCCCUAGAACUUAAUGACCAUGACAUCGCCUUUAAGCCUAGAACAGCGUUGAAAGGUCAGGCAGCCCCAGACUUUGUUGCCGAGCUGACCCCGCCGAGGCAAGGGAGCGAUGUCCGUGACCAGUGGACACUCUACGUGGAUGGUUCAUCCAACGAGAAAGAUUGUGGGGCAGGCUUGCUGCUCCUCAGCCCCGGUGGUCUUCGGUUCGAGUAUGCACUCUGGUUCAGUUUCCGAGCUUCCAACAACGAAGCUGAGUACGAGGCAUUGAUAAAUGGACUGAAGAUCGCCAAAGGAAUGGGCGUGAGGCGACUCUCGAUUCUCAGCGAUUCCCAACUGAUCGUCAAUCAAGUUACCGAGGAGUACCAAGUGAAAGAAGCUCGUAUGGAGAGGUAUCUGGCCAAAGCCCGAGUGCUCCUCGCCCAGUUUGAGGGCUAUGUGAUUCGACAAGUGCCGAGGUCCGAAAACUCCAACGNGAGCUAA